AUGUUUUAAUCAAAAAUGAUAGAAUUAGAAGAAUAAUUCAAUUGUAGCCAAAACCAUAAACAACCUAUCCUUAUGGUAUUAUUAGAUAAAAACUUAAAGAGAGAGGAACGUUUAUUAUGUGCAAUUUGCAUGGAAAAUAUAGAGGCAGAGACUAAAAUAAUUGGAUUUAAAAAAGUACUUUAAUUGAUUGAAGAAAACUAAAAGAAUAAAGCAGAAAAUAUCUAAAGUUUAAUUAAAGUUGAUGUGGAUUUGGUCGAAUAAUUUGUGACUGAGCUGCGUAAAUUACAGUCAAAAAUUAUUUAAUAAUUUGAUGAAUUAAUGGCUAAUUCGACAGAGUGGAUAAAUAAUCUUAAUCUUUUUGGAUAAAGGGACUCAAAAUAUAGUUUCUACGAUGAAUUAGAUGUGAUAAUCGAAAAUAAAAUGCAGAACUCAUUUGAUAAAGGUUCUAUUAUAGAUUAGAUAAAAUCACUUAAUAAUUCAUUUUCAAAUAAAAUAAAUUCGGCAAUAUCAGUUCUCAGAAACGAAAAAUUAUAUUCCUAAUGUGAAAAAAUAUUGAUCAAUUUGAAUCUAAUCCAUCAUAUGAAAUUAAUUGAUAAUUCAAUUAAAUAACAAGAAAUAUGUUAUGCAAUGGCUUUUAAUUAAUCUGGAUCACUAAUGAUUUCAGCUUCUAAUUCUAACAUUAAACUAUGGAGCUUUGAUUUAGGAAAGCUAAAUGAAAUCAGUAAAUUUAAUGGACAUACUAACACAAUAUGUUGCCUAUAAUUUAGUAAGAAUAGCAAUAGCUUCUUAUCAGCAGGUCAUGAUAAAUCAAUGAGAUGUUGGGAAUAGAUUAAUUAAAAAGAAUGGAAGAGUUCCUUACCCUAUACCGAGCAUACUGAUUGUAUAGAUUGCUUAAUAAUGGAUCAAGCUGAAAAUUAACUUGUAUCAGGAGGACUAGAUAAAUCAAUUAAAAUUUGGAAAAUAAAUUUUACGGAUAACGAAUUAACUUAUCUUUAUUCAUUAAAUAAACAUACAAAUAAUGUCUAUAGUUUAUGCUUUAAUGAAUCGGAAGAUACUUUGAUUUCUUGUGGUGGUGAUAAAUAAAUAAUUAUUUGGAAGAAAGACAGUCACCAAAUAUGGUAAUUUGGAUGCGUAGUUACACAAUUGAUUGAUGAAUUUGGAUGCAGAUUAUGCUUCAUAAAUGAUAAAUAAUUUAUAUGGGUGACUGGUAAUUAAGUAAGCAAAGAUUGCAUCUGCACAUUUGAAUUGUAGAACUAAAACUAUCAAGAAAAUUUGUUAUAGGAAAUCAAAUUAAUUAAAAAUAAUUUAAUUAGUGAUAUCAAUCUGGCUCCAAUCAUGUAUGAUGAAAAAAAGAACAUAAUGAUUGUAAAGCACAAAUGUUACCUUUAUUUUAUCAAAAUAUUAAAUGGCGGAUAAUUAAAAAUAAUCACAUAGAUAAAAUAUGAAUCAAAUUCUAUUUAGGGAGCAUUAACUAAUGAUGGAAAAUAUUUAGUAACUUGGAAUAAAGUGGAACAGAAAUACAAUAUAUAUGAAUUAUUUAUUAAUUGA